UUUAAUAUAAGUGACUGUACUAAAAAAAUCUUGCAUUCUAAUAAUUUGGUUAAGGUGAUGGAUGAAUUCUGCAUGCAGUAAGCAUAGUCGACUGAACUGACUUGUGCGUCUUCAUGAUCACAAAAGCCACAUUUUACUAACUGUUACAAUAUGAUGACAAUAUGAUCUCAUCGCAACUUUUAUAAUGCCCUCUACACUGUCUCUCUCGCUCUCUCUCCCCCCAAAUAAAAGAUUAGAGAGUAGAAACAUGCAAAUGAACAUUUAUCUUUGUGCUCGCUGUCGCAGCAGCUCGCUCUAUGGGAGACAAUUGCUUUGUUGUCACAGUCAUUCGCACCGUUAAAUGCUUUUUAAGGCCUGUGAAAACUUUUUUACACAUUGAGAAUUGAGACAAAAAUAUGAACACAUUUGGAACACGGAGCCGAAUAAAUCCUGACUGACCUCACUGGACCACAGAUUGAGCCAACAAACUGAUAAUGGAAUUGCAUCACUACCUCUGGCUUCUCUUUAUAGUGAUCUCCUGUUCAGAUUCAAAGAGAGGUUUCAAUGAUAAUCCGGACCUAGAUCCACAAUUUUAUAACAAGAAUUGGAUGAAGUCUAUAGAUGAUGAAACUCUUGUUUCUGCUGUCUCCAUUCCUGGAACACACGAAAGCUUAUCAUUAUAUGGAGGACCACUUGCCAUAGGUCAAGUUUGGAAAUUGGACACACAACUUAAAGCGGGGCUACGGUAUUUUGAUGUGCAUGCUGGAAUCUGGCUGCCUACACAAAAAGAUAUUUAUAUCCGGGACAGUCACUGGAUGUUUUGGCAACGAAUUCAAUUUGAUGAAGUACUAAAGAUCAUUUUCAAUUUCUUAGAAGAAAAUAGCAGUGAGACCGUGCUUUUAAAAGUGAUCCUGCAUGGGUUUUACAAAACAAAAGUCACAGAGCUCAUGAAAAAAAUGAUUUUGAAAUUAAAAAAUAAAAUAUGGACCAAGUUAUCAGUACCAAAAAUGCAGGAGGCAAGGGGCAAGAUUGUUUUACUCCAGAGCACUUUUCAUGAUGGAACUCAAAAUAAGGAAUCAUUUUUCUUUGAAAAUAACAAGCUGAAAAAUGUUGAAAACAAAAUACAGCGAAUCAAGUCACAUCUCUGUGACAAUCAAAUAGUGUUGACUGAAACUACAACAUCAUUUCUUCAGAGUCCAAAAAGGCUGGCUAAAGCAGUUAACAAAGAGCUUUACAACUUUGUGGUGGCACACAAAAAAAGCUCCCCGAACGAAGGUUGCAUCGGUGUUUUAAGCAUGAAUUUCCCCAGCGCUGAUCUUAUUAAAAACAUAAUAGAACUUAAACCAUGUGACUGCGGUAAAAGUGCACGAAAAGGACAAGGACAUGAUGGAGAGAAGCCUCAAAUAACAACUGAGCCACAAACCAUAGAAUCAACACCUGCACCAGAAUCACCAACAUCUGGGCAAGAUUCAGAGCCAACACCUGAACCAACAUCAGCAACAGAAUCACCAAUAUCUGGGCAAGAUUCAGAACCCUCCUCUGAACCACCACCUGCAUCAGUAUCAGCAGAAUCUGGGAAGGAUUCAGAACCGACACCUGAACCAACAUCUGGACCAGAAUCAACAACAUCUAGGAAAGAUUCAGAACCUUUCUCUGAAGCAACAUCUGGGCAAGAUUCAGAGCCGACACCUGCAUCAGAAUCACCAACAUCUCAGGAGGAAUCAGAACCACCCUUUGAACCACCACCUACACCAGAAUCACCAACAUCUGGGAAGGAUUCAGAACCAACAGCUGAACCAACAUCUUCACCAGAAACACCAGAAUCUCGGCAACAUUCAGAGCCAACACCUGCUGCAGAAUCAUCAACAUCUGUGCAGGAUUCAGAGCCAACACCUGCACCAACAUCUUCACAAGAAUCAUCAGAAUCUGGGCAAAAUUCAGAGCCAACACCUGGACCAACAUUUACACCAGAAUCACCAACAUCUGGGAAGGAUUCAGAACCCUCUCAGCCACCAACUGCAUCAGAAUCACCAACAUCUGUGCAGGAUUCAGAGCCAACACCUGUUGAAGUUGGGGCGGAAACAGCUGGAGCGCCAGACUGCUGUCCCGUGUUCAAAGCGGAUCCGCCGCAAAACGAGAAGCCACACUAA